UUGAUGGAUUGAUAUGAAUGGAAGGAUCGUUGUAUUUCCAACAGCAUAUGAAGGCACCAUUUGUGUCUUCCUGCAGACACAUCAGCCCAUAUCCACUUAUGUGGGUUUCGCGGUCGGGUGGAAAUCUCUAGACAAGCACGACUAUAGUUUCGGAUGUUUACUUUGGUGAGAAAUGGCCUCCAAGAACUUAAGAAAAGCUUUAGCAGAGACGCUGGAGGAUCUGAGUCGGGAUGACUUGAGGAGGUUCUGCUUCCAGCUGUGCAUUAAAGAGCCGUGGAUUAAGACCAGCGACCUGAGGGGUCGAAACCCCAUAGCGAUCACAGACCUCCUGGUUUCAUCCUUCUCCGAGGUCGAUGCGGUGUCAGUGGCUGUGAACAUACUGAAUACGAUUGGCUGCAAAGCGGAGGCAGAGACACUAGUCAUGAAGGAACGUGGACAGUUCACACUUCAUCCCAGGGGCAAGAAUCACUUUGUGGAUAAAUAUCAAAUUCAGCUGAUCGCAGAAGUGAGGAACGUUAAACCAAUUUUGAAUGAGCUCCUUACCAAGGGGGUUAUUCAACAAGAAAGUUAUGAUAAAAUCAUGGCUCUCCCGACCUCGCAGGAGAAGAUACGGGAGCUCUUUGUUGGUCUGAAAGCUGUUGGAGUCGGAGGCAAAGACAUCUUAUACAACAUCCUUGAGGAAUUGGAGCCACAUCUUAUCGAGAACAUUCAUCAAAAAAAUGUCCUGAGAGGGGGGUCGUCGAACGUCGGACAUUUGAGGAAUGUCACAAUGGAAAUGAGAGAUGACUGGAUUAAAGUUGAGCCCAAAGUGAACCGUGAGGAUGGAGAAGAUGCUCCAACUUACAGCCUACAGACUGAAGCAGGUAACUUUGAAUGCUGUGUAUCUGGCAUGCGCUGGGUUUGUAAGGAAAAGGUCAGCUUCAAGUACCGGUUUGGCUCUUGGGAGGAACACACAGAGAGACUGGAAACCAUGCAAUACAUCCCCGGAGGUCCCCUACAGGACAUCACAGUCAUUGAUGGAAAGUUCGAUGAAGUGUAUCUGCCACACUGGAUCUGCACAGAUGACAACCCUACAAUUUUGAGCAAGUUUGCAGUCCUACACAUAGAUACUUGUGGAGAUGUUGUGGAACAAGUGUCUGAGGUCACACCAUCCCAUGUCAAGUUGUCCGAGCCAAUUUUCUCUCCAAGAGGAGUCCUGAUGAAAGCCGGCUUUCCAGUGAAAAUUAACUGUAAAGUGUUAAUUUUCAAGACCAACAAAGCAUUCCUCACACUACAUGUUUUUCUGAUCCCUCGUGAUCCUGCUCUACAACAGACAAUAAAGGAAUUAUCCAGUGGAUACAAAAUGAUCGAAAAGCCAUACCCAGUAAAGUCCCUGAAAAUGCGCAACCAUUUCAUCCUCACAGCCGAUAAGGACAGUGCAGAAAUUUCCCCUGAAAGUUUAAAGCUUGUAUAUGAAAGCAGUGACCCCAACUUCUUUGAAGUGUUCAUUGACAGUCCUGACAGUAAUUUCCAGCUUACACUCAGUCAUGAAUCUGGACCAGUCUGGACCUGUGUGAUUCGAAAAGAUGACUAUCAAAACACUGGUGAAAUUCAGGUGAUGUAUGAUCAUGAGCUUGCCAGAGUGAGGUCUACACUUGUGGCCAACAUGUCCGUAGAACUUAUCAAUCAGCUGCUCGAUGACCUUUUAGAAGAUGGUGUCUUGAAUGACGGGGAGAAAGACUCGAUACUUCAGGAGAACAGUACCAGAGCAGACAGGGUACGCUGCCUCAUUGACAUGGUGAAGAAGAAAGGAUGCAGAGCCACGAGGCAGAUUGUUACUCACCUUCAAAGAAGAGAUCCUUCCCUUUCUGCUGAGCUGGGGCUGGCUUUUGGCCUACCUGUUUAGGCAGGUAAGGUCUGUGUCAGUUGAACUGUUCAAUGUUAUGAGCUGGGGAGGCCUUUAUCUUAUUUAUCUUUCCGUCUUUCAGUGCCUUCAAAGUGCAUGAGCUUGAGGGAGCUUAUCUUUUUUUGUUUGAAUUUUAACUUUAAUUUAAAUUUUUAACAGUAAUCUGAUAACAUUGAUGCUGUAUUUUGUUAAAUCAACUCAAAGCACUUGAUUAAAGCUGCACUAAUCAAUAUUUUUGUAUUAAUGCUAAUACGUUGGUUAUAACAACUUUAUAUGUAGAUAAUAUAGUGUAUAUUAAAAAUACACAAAAUACAUUCCAGUAGGAAUCUGAUGAACAUAAGAUUAUUUUCUGGGAUUAACAAAUAUUAGUUAAUUUCUAUGAAAAUGAAGUACCGAUUUAUUUUUUGGGGGGAAAUCCAACCACUUCUAACAUUUACUUAAAUUACAUUUUGUUGCAAUAACAUGCUUUUGUAAUCAGAUUUCAAUAAAAAAUUAUAUUCAAUUUUGUAAAAUAUGUUGUGCUUGAUAGCUCCUCUGGUAUCUAGUGGUGUAAGAAGUACUCAGAUCUUUUACUUAAGUAAAAUUAGCAAUAAUACAGGGUAGAAAGACUCUGUUAAAAGUAAAAGUUCUGCAUUAAAGUUUUACUUAAGUAAAAGUACAAAAGUAUUAGCAUCAAAAAAUACAUAAAGCACCAAAAACAAAAGUACUCAUUAUGAAGAAUGACCUAUUUCAGAAUAAUGUAUAUUACAUUAUUCGCUUAUCAUUAUGUGUGCAUCACUUUUAUGUUGCAGCUGCUAAAGGUGGGGUUAAUUUUAAGUACAGUACUUGAAUACAUGUACUUAUGCUACUGGUGAUGCAACAAGAGCAAUUAAUCCGGCACCAGAGUAUUUUCACUCAGAGAGCGGCAGACUCCCUUAAGGACCUCUGUCACUGACCAAGGACUUUUACAUCCACUGUGUUGUGAAGUCUUUAUGAAUUAAUUCAAUUAAUGUAAUUUAAUUUAUUUGAGUAAAUGUAAUUGUAUUCAAUUAAUUUAUUUUAAUUGAUUUAAUGUAAUUAAUUUUGAUUAAUUUAAGGCAAUAAAAUGUAUGUGAUGUAACUGAAUUAAAUUAAAUUGAUUUUAAUUAAUUGAUUUGAUUUAAUUUAUAGUUCAAUUUAAUUUGAUUUAAUGUGGAUUUUUUAUUUCACAUUCACUGUUUUAUGUAAAUAAAAUGAAUUUGAUUUAAUCAAAUUUAAAUCAAUAAAUUUAUUUUAAUUCAAUAUAUUUAUUUAUUAAUUUUAAGUGGAGUAGAAGUAGAAAGUUGCAGAAAAUGUAUACUCAAGUAAAGUACGAGUACCUCAAAAUGGUACCUAUAGUACUUGAGCAAAUGUACUUAAUGUACUUAAAGUAAAAUGAAAGUAAAAGUUACUUUCCACCACUGCUGGUAUCGCUAUUGUUCGAACUGUGGCUGGGCGCCCUCUUGCAUCUUUCCAUUGACUUUCUAUGUGCACCUCCUGAAAAUGCCUUUUAUUGACCGUCUCACACAGAUGGGUUUAUGCUUCUGCGUCAGGGUGGUAAAUUUGGACUAAAGGGUAAUUUCGUUAUUUUUAAACCUGGGCCCUAUUACCUGAAAUUACCCUUUAAUACCAAAAAAUAACAGCAGCAGUGGCAGCAACAAAUACAAUAAUACUUAACAGUAAAAAUUAUAAAAGUAAUUACUAUGUAUUUUGUUCAGGCCAUAGAGGGAAAUUUGUGGGGGGGAAAUGUAUUUAGUUAAAUGAGUGUGUUUAAACCUUUCAUCUAUUUUUAGGCUUAAAACAUUUGCAGUAUAUGAAUCAGGUCAUCUUCCUAUAUAGCAAGCUUGCUACAUAGCUACGUUUUAUGGACAGUACAUAUAUAACAAGAUUGGUGAUGAAAGGGCCUCUCUGAAGGGAGCUUUCUAAAAACUGAAAAAUGUACCCAGGUAAUGUCACCAAGGGUAACUUGGGUCUUGAAACUACACGUUUAUAACAAAAAGCAUGUGUGACAAACUGGGGGUGUGUAUUUUUAAAAGAUGCCUACGUCUGAGUCUAAUGAAAGACACUAUUAAAUUGCUUUAUGGGAAAUGUAGGCUCCAGUGUUUGACCCCCACUAGGGACUAAAAGUCAGGAUAUCUCCAUCUCUGCUGAACCGAUUUGACCAUACUUAAAUCUAUUUUUGGUCUGUGGAACAGAUGAGUAACUUUCUACUGAUUGGUUAUGCAAAACAAAAUAAAAUAACAUUAUCAGGCUAAUACACAAUGAUCAUCUUGAAAUGGUCUCCAAGGUAACAACAGUAUGUGCUUGUCUACCAAAAUGUGAGGAAUCCAGACCUGCUCUUAACUGCCUCCCCAAAAGCCCAGAGUCUGACAUGGCUGCAAAUACGUGACGGUAGUUCUUGUUGAAUAAGGCACAGAGGAAAGAGUUCAGAGAAGAGUUAGCAUAUCUGAGCCACAUGGAGGUCUCCAGGACCAGGGAGCUGAUGCUGUAGCCCUUCAGAGGAUGGACCACGUUCACACAGAAAAAAGGAACCAACAGAUCAGGAAGACCCCCAUGAUCAGACCCAGUGUCUUAACAGCCUUCCGUUCCUUCUCCUGAGAUUAUCUUUCCACACAAGACUGGACUUGUCUGGUGGAGUCAGUCCUCAUGGGGUUUGUUUCACCUGAAGCUGCUCAGAAUGGUGAUCGAUUGCGUGGAUCCACCUCGCUUGUCUCUGGGCAGCCUUGACGCUUUUCCUGUAGGCAAACAGCAUGAAACCCAUGGGAAUGAAGAAGGAGAUAGCCGAGGUUGCAAAGGCAUAAGGGGCAUGAAACGUGGCCAGACAGGUGUGAGUAUCCUGCUGUGUGCUGCUGCUUACAACAGCAAGAGGCGACUGAGGGUACAUGCCGAGGGAGACACAAAGGGAGGAGAUGACCAGAGGCAGAAUCCAGCAGAGCAGCAGCAGCAUGGACACACGUCUGGGAGACAUUCGGGCAAGGUAGUGCAGCGGGUCGCACACUGCUAUGUAUCGGUCCAGUGCCAUGCAGCUGAGAUUAAAAAUGGAGGAUGUACAGAGGGUGACGUCCAGCAAGAAGUGUGCUCGGCAGAAGCGCCGCCUGAAGUGCCAGCUGUCAAUGGAACGCACCAGACUGAAAGGCAUCAACAGCACAGCAACCAGGAAGUCCGCCACUGCCAAGGAAACCACAAAACCACUGGUGGGCGUCCGGAGGCUUUGGAAACGUGCCACUGCAGCCACGAUGAAAAGAUUUCCCAUGAUGGCAAAGAUGGGGAGGCAUAGCCACAGCACACAGACUUUAACAGUGGUGCUAUGAAAUAAAGCAGAAUCGCUGCCGUCAUUAGUCAGGCUGUGGUUAUCUGAGGUGUUAGUCCCUGG